AUGAGCUCUCCCGACGACGCAGUAGAGCCGUUCCGAAUCGCAGUAUCGGGCCAGGCCAUCGAGGCGCUGAAGGCCAAGUUAGCGUUGGCAACGUUCCCGCGGGAGACAAGCUUUUCGAACGACGGCGACUACGGCGCGCGGCUAGACGACGUGAAGAGGCUAGCGACGGCGUGGAGGGACACGUUCGACUGGAGGGAGGCCGAGGCAAAGCUCAACGAUAUAUUGCCGCAGUUUACGACUAGGAUCGCGGUUGAUGGCCACGAGGAUGACUUGAAGGUCCAUUUUGUGCACGCACAGAGUGAGAGGAAAGAUGCGAUCCCGUUGCUAUUUUGCCAUGGGUGGCCCGGCAGCUUCAUCGAAGUCACCAAGAUAUUGCCGCUCUUGACGGCCGGGGCCGGAGAAGACGAGCCGGCUUUCCAUGUUGUAGCGCCGUCGUUGCCGAACUUUGGCUUCUCGCAGGCCACCUCGAAGCCCGGGUUCGGGAUACCGCAGCACGCCGAGGUGUGCUUAGUUCUACGAAAUAUCUACAGACUACAACCCCAAGACAUUCAACCACCCAAGUAUAACCAGCAUCUAACCCCACCCACCACAGCACAACCUCAUGCUCCGCCUCGGAUACGACAAAUACGUAACGCAGGGCGGCGACUGGGGAUACAUGAUCACCCGCGCCAUGAGCGCAAGAUACCCCACGCAUGUACAAGCAUCGCAUCUAAACUUCAUCCUCGCCUCUCCGCCCAGCCCGCUCUCCUCGCCCCUCCUCUGCCUCCAACACGCCUUCGGCCUCUACACCGCCGCCGAGAAGGCCGGUCUCGCACGCACCCGAUGGUUCCAAGCCAACGGUUAUACUACGAAGCGAUGCAUCAGAAGGAUGUGGUUUCGGCAGGAAAACAGACUGCGCCUGUCCAGGCUUGGAAUGGGAAAGUCCCGUUAGGAUUAUCAUAUUUCCCCAAGGACAUAGCGGUGCUGCCGAGUUCGUGGGGGAGGACGUUAGGACCGGUAGUAUUUGAGAAGAGACAUGAGCAAGGGGGACACUUUGCUUCGUUCGAGAAGCCCGAUGAGCUAGUCGCUGAUCUCCGAACCAUGUUUGGGAAGAGCGGGAUUAGAGCGAAGCUGCUAUUCUGA